CUGAGAUUUGGAAAAGGGAUCCAACCACCGUAUUAUAUAAUUGUAGACGUUUAUAUAAUUUACAAUUUAGAUACAUGUGAUUUAUUUGGUUUGAAGAUUUAGCGUAUUCCCGAAUGACUCAUUCGUGAGUGAUUAAUGUACAACGACCAUAAAUGGCCCAUAGUUUAUUCUAACCAUUACAAUGUUCGCUUUUACGGCAUCGAAAAGCUGCACCCUUUCGAUUCAGGUAAAUGGGGCAAUAUAUACCAUCGAUUGCAGAAACUUAUACACCUUAGUGAGAAGAAUAUUUAUGUUCCAACAGAAGCUAGUGAGGAUGAAUUACUGAGCGUGCACACGAGAAGAUACCUCAAUAGCCUUAAGUGGUCUUGGAAUGUGGCGCGGAUAGCGGAGGUUCCUCUGCUCACUUGUGUCCCCAACAUAUUAUGCCAGCGGUGUUACUUGCGUCCAAUGCGCUAUCAGACCAAAGGAAGCGUCAUGGCGGCCGAACUCGCCCUCGACAGAGGUUGGGCCAUCAACAUAGGCGGUGGUUUCCACCACUGCAGCAAGGAAAAGGGCCAGGGGUUUUGUCCCUACGCAGAUAUCACCUUGGCCAUCGAGAGCAUCCUCAAAUCGAGACCGUACGUAAAGAAGGUUAUGAUCUUGGAUUUGGACGCACAUCAGGGAAACGGCUACGAGAGGGACUUCAUCAACAACCACAUGGUUUACAUAAUGGAUAUGUACAACAGCAGUAUAUUUCCUAUCGACGAAUACGCUAAGAAAGCGAUAAGUUGCAAGAUUGAACUACGAAAUGAUACUCAAGAUACGGAGUACUUGGAUAAGCUCGAAAACGGCCUGGAACGCUCCUUGAAUUCCUUCUACCCGGACCUCCUCGUAUACAACGCGGGGACGGAUAUCAUAGACGGCGAUCCCCUUGGUAAGCUUUCCGUCUCCCCGCUAGGGGUCGUUCGACGAGACGAAAUGGUCUUUAUGAAGGCAAAGGAGAGGAAUAUCCCGAUUGUGAUGCUGUCUAGCGGCGGAUACACGAAGCGGAGCGCUGCCGUUGUUGCCAAUUCCAUUGCCAACUUACACAACUUGGAGAUCAUCACUAGACCACACCAAUAUGCUGGAUAGAGCUUGCUGUUUCGUUUUCAUUACCUGAAGUCCUAUAUUAAAUAUGUAUUUUUAAUAAAUGUUUUUU